AUGCACAGCAAGGUUGUCAUCAUCGGAUCGGGCCCGGCCGCCCACACGGCCGCCAUCUACCUCGCCAGAGCAGAGCUGAAGCCCGUCCUCUACGAAGGCUUCAUGGCCAACGGCACCGCCGCCGGCGGCCAGCUCACCACCACGACCGACGUCGAGAACUUCCCCGGCUUCCCCAAGGGCGUCAUGGGCCAGGAGUUGAUGGACAACAUGCGCGCGCAGUCUGAGCGCUUCGGCACCGAGAUCGUCACCGACACCGUCACCAAGCUGGACCUCUCCUCGCGACCCUUCAAGUACAGCACCGAGUUCGCCCCCGACGAGACGCACACCACCGACGCCGUCAUCGUCGCCACCGGCGCCUCCGCCCGCCGCAUGGGCCUCCCCGGCGAGGACAAGUACUGGCAGAACGGCAUCUCCGCCUGCGCCGUCUGCGACGGCGCCGUCCCCAUCUUCCGCAACAAGCCCCUCUUCGUCAUCGGCGGCGGCGACUCCGCCGCCGAGGAGGCCACCUUCCUGACCAAGUACGGCAGCCACGUCACCGUGCUCGUCCGCCGCGACCAGCUGCGCGCCAGCAAGACCAUGGCCAAGCGGCUGCUCGCCCACCCCAAGGUGACGGUGCGCUUCAGCGCCUCCGCGACGGAGAUCCGCGGCGGCGAGGACGGGCUCAUGUCCCACAUCGUCGUCAAGGACAACGUGACGGGCGGGGAGGAGGUGCUGGAGGGCAACGGGCUGUUCUACGCCAUCGGGCACGAUCCCGCGACGGCGCUGGUCAAGGGCCAGCUGGAGAUGGACGGGGAGGGCUACGUGGUGACCAAGGCGGGGACGACGCUGACGAGCGUGCCGGGCGUGUUCGCGGCGGGCGACGUGCAGGACAAAAGGUACCGCCAGGCGAUCACGAGCGCGGGCACGGGGUGCAUGGCGGCGCUCGAGGCGGAGCACUACCUGUCGGAGCUGGAGGCGGGCGAGUGA